CUACAAGGCAGGCUGGCAGAUCUCAGAGAAGCCCAUCCAGCAAAGUAAGCACAGUGCAACUGCUGCCUGAUUCACAGCAACAAUGAGUAAGAAUUCUGAGGAAGAUCAGCUCAAAGAUAGACUGGAGCAGCUGAGAUGCCAUUUUACAUGGAAGUUGCUCAUUGAAGAUGUUGAAACCACUGAUUUAGAAAACAGGGUCUUGGAAGAAAUUGAGUUUCUAGACACAAAAUUUAAUGUGUCAGUACACAACCUGCUGGCCUAUGUGCAACACCUGAAAGGCCAGAAUAAGGAAGCCCUGCAGAGCUUGAAACAGGCUGAAGACUUGGUCCAGACAGAACAGGAUGACCAAGCACACGUGAGAAGACUGGUUACCUGGGGCAAUUUCGCCUGGCUGUGUUACCACAUGGGCAGACUGGAAGAAGCCCAGAUGUAUUUGGACAAGGUGGAAAGCAUUUGCAAGGAGUUUGCCAGCUCCUUGUGCUACACAGUGGAGAGUCCACAAAUGAACUGUGAGGAAGGAUGGGCCUUCCUGAAGUGUGGAAUACAAAAUUAUGAACGAGCAAAAGCUUGCUUUGAAAAGGCUCUGGAAGUGGACCCUGAAAAUCCAGAAUUCAACACUGGGUAUGCAAUCGCUGUCUCUCGUCUGGAUGUGUUCAGCAAACAAUCCCAAACCCUACAUACGCUAAAACGGGCCAUCAGGCUAAAUCCAGAGGAUGCAUAUAUUAAAGCUCUCCUUGCUCUCACACUGCAGGGUGUAGGUCAAGAGGCUGAGGGAGAGAAGUACAUUGAAGAAGCAUUGCACAGCACAUCCUCUCAAAGCUAUGUCUUUCGAUAUGCGGGCAAGUUUUACCGAAGAAAAGGCUCUGUAGAUAAAGCUCUUCACUUCUUAAAAAUGGCUUUGAAGAAAACACCCUCCUCUGCCUUCCUGCAUCACCAGGUAGGGCUUUGCUACAAGACACAAAUGAUUCAAAUAAAGAAAGCUAACCACUGGAAGCCCAAAGAAAGAGAUAAAGAAAAUAUCCAUAGAUUAGUUCAGAAGGCUAUCUGUGAAUUUAAAAAGGCUAUAGAGUUAAGGCCCAUAUUUCACCAGGUGUAUAUUGAUUUGGCCAAGAUGUAUGCAGAAGUGGGCCAGCACAGAGUGGCUGAAGACACUUUUCAGACACUGCUGAGCAUAGAGAUCUUUGGUGAUCAUAUACAGCAAUAUAUUCAUUUCGAGUAUGGCCAAUUUCAAGAAUUUCAUAUGAAAUCUGAAGUCAAUGCAGUAAUCCAUUAUUUAAAAGCAAUAAAAAUAGAAAAGUCAACAUUUUCAAGAGAAAAUAGUCUCAGUGCUUUGGAGAAAUUGAUUUUAAAGAAAUUUCGGAGAAAUGGAGCAGACGUAGAAAGCUUGAGCAUCCUUGGGUUUGUCUACAAAUUGAAAGGAGAAAUGCAUGAAGCUCUGGGGUGCUAUGAGCGGGCCCUGAGGCUGGCUGCUGGCUCUGAGAACUCUGUGGGACGUGUUCCUUAGACGCUGAAAUACACACUGCUUUCACAUUCCAUCUGAUUUUAGGUUAUUGUGCACUAACCAUCUUUUCUGUGUGCUGCUUUCAGAAUCAUAUUAUUUUUCAGCAAUUACUCACACCUGAUCAAAUAUUACUUGUAGUCAGAAAAUAGUGUAACAGAUUAUAUAUGUCUCUGUGUGAAAGACAGAGAGGAAGAGAAACAUAAACUAUUUCAUGUGAAUGUUAUGCAGUAGAAAUAAUGGCUUGUUAAGUCAAAUUGCUGCAAAUAAAACACUGCAUUUGCAUAAAAUGA